AUGAUGUCCUCCCUCCUCGCCGAACUCAAAAGUAUCGUCACCCCAUCCCACGCUCCCGCCGCCCCGCCAAAGAACAUCCACAAAAACAAGGCUCCUCCCCAAGCAAUCAAGACCAGCUACGAAUCCCUCCCCAUUAAGCUUCCGCCCGGAUUUCUCGCCACCGAACCGGGCGUUACCACUCCCCCGACUCUAACAGAGCUAGAUUGGUCGCAAACCGAGUUACCUGAAAAUAAAGGGUUAUACGCCGUGGUUCUUGAUGGAGUGUUGACAAGGGAGGAGUGUGAGGUUCUGAAAAAGUUGGCGGAGGGGAGUGUUCCUCUUGAGAAAUGGGUUGUUGUCGAGAGAGAAGACGGGACUGGGACUUCAGCAACGGGAACUAUGGAUGGAGAGGAGGACACUGAUAAGCGAGGCAAAACCCCCUGGGCACCAGCCCUAGUCAACGUAGGCCUAGGCUACGAAGUGCACACCCCUUCCUACCGCAACUCGUCACGUAUAAUCUGGGACCAGCAAGAGGUUGUCGAUCGGCUUUGGGAGCGAUGUUGUCUUGCUCCUGGACUUCGCGAGCGACUAGCGGUGUUAGAUGCAGACACUGAGAGAGAUGCGAGGAUUAUUACCGGGAUGCCCCUUCGGAAGGAAGAAGCUGGGGAUGGGGAGGGUAAGGGAGAGCCAAAGGAGGUGGAGAGGUAUGCGAAUGGCAAGAAGAAGGGAAAGCGUACGAGGCUAAGGGAGCAGACAAAUAGGUUGAUGAGGGAUGGGAGGACGGGCAAGUGGGAGUUUGUGAAGGUUAAUAAAAGGAUGAGGUUUUUGAGGUACUCGCCUGGUCAAUUUUUUAGAGCCCACUGCGACUCCCCCUACCGGGAACUCGACCCCGUCAACUCCGACCGCAUCAACGAGACACUAUUCACUAUCCACCUGUACCUGAACGACUGCAAGUCCGAGGCUCCACCGGACCUCAAAGACCAAACGGAGUUGGAAGGCGGUGCCACGGCGUUGUUGUCUGGCGACGAGAAGAGGAAGUAUGAUGUUGAGUGUAAGACGGGCAGGGUGCUGAUCUUUCAGCAUAGGAGGGUGUUUCAUGCGGGCGCGGAUGUGAUUAAGGGGGUGAAGUAUUCAGUGAGGACGGAUAUUAUGUAUCGGGAGAUUUUGGAGGAGAGGGAGGAAAAUGAGGAGCAGAUCGACGGGCAGAAGGAGCAGCAAGUGGAGGGAAAUGGAGAGGGUGAGAAGAAGGCAGACAAUGACAAGCCGCUGAAGGAGGCCGGUGGUGGGAACUAG